CUUCAGACAUCCAGUCACUUACCAGAGCAUACCGGCACCUGAGAAGGCACUGAAAAUGUCCGGGAUUGUAACUAAGCUACAGCACAACCGAGACAAAUUGCAAGGCAUUGGAACCAACUCUAAUGCAGUGCCAUACUUAAACCAGGACUAUGAGUCUCUGAAGCGAAGCUGCCUUGAGAGAAGACGCCUAUUUGAGGAUGAAAGCUUUGAGCCGCUUCCAGCAUCUUUGGGCUUCAAUGACCUUGGACCCGGUUCCUAUAAAGUUCGAGGCAUCAAGUGGUUGAGACCAACGGAGAUUGUCUCCAAUCCACAAUUUAUUCUGAAAGACGCUACCAGGACGGAUAUUUGUCAGGGAGCACUUGGUGACUGCUGGCUUCUGGCGGCUAUUGCCUCCUUGACACUCAACAAGCAGAUUUUGUCCCGCGUUGUACCACAUGACCAAAGUUUUGAAGAGGACUACGCUGGAAUCUUUCAUUUUGAGUUCUGGCAGUUUGGCGACUGGGUGGAUGUGGUGGUUGAUGACCGCUUGCCCACUAGAGAUGGAGAACUGCUGUUUGUCCACUCAGAAGAAGGAUCUGAGUUUUGGAGUGCCCUGCUGGAGAAGGCCUACGCCAAGUUAAAUGGAUGCUACGAGGCUCUUGCUGGAGGAAGUACCACUGAAGGUUUCGAGGACUUCACUGGAGGCAUUGCUGAGAGACAUGAACUUUCCAACCACGAUCCUCACCUCUUCAAUAUCAUAAGGAAGGCCCUGGACAGAGGCUCCCUUCUGGGAUGCUCAAUUGAUAUCACCAGUGCAGCUGACUCCGAAGCCGUGACACACCGCAAGCUGGUGAAGGGCCACGCCUACUCUGUCACAGGAGCUGAGCAGGUGACUUACAGAGGAGGCACUGAAGAGCUGAUCAGAAUCAGAAAUCCAUGGGGUCAGGUGGAGUGGAAUGGAGCUUGGAGUGACAAUUCCUCUGAGUGGAGAUAUGUGAGUGAUGAUGACCGCCAGAGGCUGACCAACCGCAGUGAAGAUGGGGAGUUCUGGAUGUCAUUUUCUGACUUCCUGCAAGAGUAUUCCCAUCUGGAGAUCUGCAACCUCACACCUGAUGCCCUCACAUCGGAAUACAGGAAGUGGGCGGAGACAGAGUUUGAAGAAACGUGGAGAAUUGGUGUUUCUGCCGGUGGCUGCAGAAACUAUCCAAAUACCUUCUGGACAAAUCCUCAAUUUGUCAUAAAACUGGACAAAGUGGAUGAUGAACCCUAUAAUGGAGAGGAUGGCUGCACAUUCAUUGUGGGAUUGAUGCAGAAGAACAAGCGUCGCAGAAGAAAGAUGGGGGAGGACAUGGAGACUAUUGGCUUCCUUGUCUAUGAGCUGCCUGAGGAGUACUAUGGCACCAGGCAAGUGCACCUGAAGAAAAAUUUCUUCUUGAGUAACCGCUCAGCUGCACGCUCUGAAACCUUCAUCAAUCUCCGAGAGGUGUCCAGCCGUCACCAUCUGCCCCCUGGGGAGUACCUCAUUAUUGCCUCCACCUUUGAACCCAACAAGAAUGGAGACUUUUAUAUACGGGUGUUCUCUGAGAAACCGGCGGAAUUUCAAGAGAUUGAUGAUUCAAUUGACUGCCAUGUUGAACAGAUGGACAUCGAUGAAAGCGAUAUUGAUGACAGAUUCAAGUCAUUGUUUGGACAACUUGCCGGACAUGAUGUGGAGAUUUCUGCAUUUGAGCUGCAGAGAAUCCUCAACAAAGUGGUGGGAAAGCGAAGUGACAUCAAAACCGACGGGUUCAGCCUGACCACGUGCCGCAACAUGGUCAAUCUGCUUGACAAAGAUGGAAGUGGCAAGCUAGGCCUGGUGGAGUUUAAGAUUCUGUGGACCAAGAUUGAAAUGUUUUUGGACAUUUACAGAGAAAAAGAUGCAGACAAUAGUGGCUGCAUGAGUUCUUCUGAGAUGCGGUCAGCAGUAGAAGUCGCUGGUUUCUCACUCAACAACCCGCUGCACCAGAUCAUUGUGGCGCGCUACAGAGAACCAAGCUACACCAUUGACUUUGACAACUUUGUGUGCUGCCUAAUCCGUUUAGAGUCACUUUUCAAUGCAUUCAAGACCCUGGACAAUGGUUCUGGUGUGAUAGAGUUGAAUUACAUGGAGUGGCUGAAACUGUCCAUGCUGUAGAGAAGGGGCUCAGGCUGUUUUAAAACAAUGGAAAAAAAAUAAAUAAAAGAACCAACACUUAAAGGGAAGUUUGCAGUUUAAAAAAAAAACACUGGCAAGAUUUGAAUGUAGCCUCACUUCACUAAUAUCUGCCCUCACCCCUCAAGUCUCUGAGCAAACCCAUACAGCUCACUUACGUGCAUGAGCGUGAUUCUCAAACUUGGCUAUUCAUAAUGGGAUGCAAUGAUGAAAGUGCACAGUUGUGAUAAAUGGUCACAGGGAAUGAUGUCCAUCUUCAACAGAAUCAGAAUCAGAAUCAGAAUCAUCUUUAUUUGCCAAGUAUGUCCAAAACACACAAGGAAUUUGUCUCCGGUAGUUGGAGCCGCUCUAGUACAACAGACAGUCAAUUUACAGAACACUUUGGAGACAUAAAUAGACAGAAUAGCAGCACUGGCAAUACUAAACUAGCAUUUGCACCAUAAACAAGCAGACAUUAGCCACGGUUGCUACAUUGGUAGCAUGACCUAUUAGCAACAAAGUGUGAUUAUAACAGUAUAUGUUAUGUUUGAAGUUUUAUUUUUGCAGGUGUGUGCUGGUGACCGGAGUGUAUCAGAAAGUGCUUGGCAAAUGAUUGACACCUCGUCGGUCACACCUGCUGUCUCUUAUUGGUUGUUUUUCCUCAGGCAUGGUGGUUUCUUCAAAAUCUAAUUAGAGGUACCAGAUGGCACCAGAGGGCAAAUUUUUUUAACAGAUAAUUUUACUAAUAUACCACUCAUAGGUUUGUACUGACAGUUUUAACAAAUAUGACAAAGUUUGAACAAAUACGUUUUCAUCCAUCCAUUUUCUGUACCGCUUAUCCUCACUAGGGUGGUGGGCGUGCUGGAGUCUAUCCCAGCUAUCUUCGGGCAGGAGGCAGGGUACACCCUGAACCGGUCACCAGCCAAUCACAGGGCACAUAAAAACAACCAUUCGCACGCACAUUCACACCUACAGGCAAUUUAGAGUCUUCAAUCAACAUACCACGCAUGUUUUUGGAAUUUGGGAGGAAACCGGAGUACCCGGAGAAAACCUACGCAGGCACGGGGAGAACAUGUGAACCCCACACAGGCAGGGAACUCAGAACUGUGAGGCAGAUGUGCUAACCAGUCGUCCACCGUGCGGCAAAAUAAGUUUUCAGGUGUUGUUUUUUUAUUUUUUAAACUUCAAACAUUCCCUUUAAAUGAAUAUAUGCUUUGACUUGCAUGCAUUGUCCUUUGGAUAUGAUGUGAAAAUUAAUUAUUGGAUUAGAGAGAACAUGAUUUAUUAUUCUACAAAAUACUAUUCUACCACAAAUAUGAUUCUGUUUAUUCAAUAAAGCUUCUUUUUUUUUGAAACCUUCA